AAAAUGUCUGCGCCCGGCGACGAGGACGAUGAAAGAUUACUUACGACAGAUUACUAUUCCCUGCUUAAUGUCAGUCGAGAUGCCAAGGAAGAUGAGAUCACUAAUGCCUUCAGACAGCUUAGUAAAAUCUACCAUCCUGACAAACAUUAUACUCCCAGGAAAAAGAAGCUGGCACAGAAUCUGUUCACAAAAAUCAAACAUGCUCAUGAAGUUUUGAAGGACAAACACAAAAGAGCAAUAUACGACAUGUAUGGGGAAAGUGGUUUGAGGACUGAAGAUCUGGAAGUCAUUUCAAGGACCAAAUCACCAGCAGAAAUCAUUGCUGAAUAUGAACGGCUACAAAGAGAGAGGGAGGAGAGACGACUGGAACAACGAACCAAUCCUAAAGGCAAUAUAUCUGUUACUGUCAAUGCUACAGACCUGUUUGACAGUUAUGACAGUGAAUAUGAUUAUUACAGUGCAUCUACAUCUAUUGACAUUAGUGGUAUGAGUGUAUCUCAAUCAGUCGAAUGUCCAUUAACUGUAAAAGAUACUGUCAUAAUAGGUGGAGAGCUGAGCACCCACAAUGGCACUGGUGAUGGCAUAUUUGUUACAACAUGGCGACGGUUAACAUCAGAUAAAAGCUGGGCGGAACUGGAAAUGGGAGUUGGUGGACAAAUGAGCGGAAGUGUCAAAUUUUUCAGACAGAUUUCUCCCCCCUGUUUUUUAACAAUUGCAGGUGGAUUGCAACAAGUAAGAGGUGGAUUUAAACCAACCCUUGUUUCUCUAUUAGCCUACCAAUUUGAUAAAAACCUUCAAGGGCGUAUAACCUGGAAUGCCCUAGCUCCAUCAUCAGUAGCCACCACCAUAAGUUACAGCAGUGAAAAGAAUCAUGCAUUAUUUACCGUACACAUUGGCAUCAAGAAUUCCUUCCUAUCAGCAAGUUACACAAGAAAACUGCUUGAAGAUGAGGGCAGGAUUCGUGGAGCGUUUAGAAUUGGUACUUAUGGCUACGUUAUAGAGUAUGGUGUUGAGAAAAAAAUCACUAAAUUCAGUUUUUUGAAAGCAACAAUGGUUGUUGGACUGCCUGUUGGAGUUGUGGUAAAGUUCCGAUUAAUGAGAGGCAAUCAGACUUUUAAUUUUAGAGUUAAUUUGUCUGAGGGAUUAAAUCCAUCUGCUGUUUUUUAUGGAACUAUUCUGCCAUCACUUGCGUAUUUUGGAAUUCGGAAAAUGAUUAUCAUGCCAUAUCUUAAGCGCCAAAAAGAGAGAGAUAUAGAACGUAAGAGGUCUGAAAAUGCCGAAAAAUUGUCUGAAAGAAAAAAGGAAGCUGAAUCUGCAAUUGAAUUAAUGAAAGAAAGCUUUGAACGCUGUAUAGAAAUAGAAGAAAAGAAAAAUGGUCUGAUCAUUAUUCAGGCGUUGUACGGAAAUCUGGAAGCGUCGGAAAGUUCGGAACUGUACAUCGAUGUUACGGUACCAGUACAAGUGUUAGUAAAGGAAUCAAAAUUAAUAUUAACAGACAAUUCAACAAGGAGUUAUCUCCCUGGAUUUUACGAUCCGUGUAUUGGUGAAGACAACAAAUUAUUUAUUCGAUACAAAUUUCAUCAUCGCUUACAUCAAGUGACUCUUUCAGAUAACGAGCCAAUAAGAUUGCCUCAGCAAAAACAUUUUAUGAAAGAUGAGUUAGGAGGUUCAAGCACCCGAUCAUGAUGUAGUGAUUUGUGACAGCUCAUUCUAAGACUACUUCAACGAGAAUUCAUUUAGUGCUUUGCUACGUAUCUGGCAAUUUCUUUAAAGCGACAGCUUUGCCAUCUGUUUGACCUAUCGUACCUUAGUCUCAGAUAGAAGCAGGUAUUUGUUAGCUAAGCUAAUCAGUAAUAGCAAAAUCAGGAUUUUAAGAUAUACAGUAAUCUGAUUGGAUAAUAAAACUAAAUUUACCAUUGAUUUUAGUGAUUGACCUAUCAGAUUACGGAACAUAAAAAUCAUCUUUAGUUAAGUUUCCGAGAAUAGGGUCACUGGACGUUAGCCUCACAAAUAUCUCUGUUCUACUUUAUAAUAGUACAGUUGCAAUAGCCAUUAUUCAAACGUGUGUUCACAUUUCUUUAUGACUUAAUAAAAUGCAAUUGGAAUGCAAUGUUGGUUGUGAACAAUGUAGUAUUAUGAAUGAACUUUUAUUGUUGAACAUUAUCAAGAUAAUCGACCCCCUGUUAUUGUAUUAGUUUGAAGUAAAUAAAUGAAAAAAAAAUGUU